AUGGCUUGCUCGAAAGUUAUUUUGGCUCUUCUCGUUUGCUCCGCUCUUGCUGCUCCACAGAAUUUGACGACCAAGAACACACAGAGCGGGCAGGAGAAUAACAGCCAGCAGGGAGGUCAGGGACAGAGUCAGAAUGGAGGAGGAUCCCAGCCAAGCAUCGGAGGGCAGCAAGGAGGCAGCCAGGGAGGAUUCGCAGGACAGCAACAAGGAGGACAGCAGCAGGGAAGCUUCGGAGGGCAACAGGGAGGUUUCGGAGGACAGCAAGGCUUCGGAGGACCUUCUGGAUUCGGAGGUCAACAAGGAGGAAGCCAAGGAGGAUUCAAUGGACCACAAGGAUUCGGAGGACAACAGGGAGGAAACCAGGGAAGCUUCGGAGGUCAACAAGGCUUCGGAGGACAGCAAGGAUUCGGCGGACAAUCUGGAUUCGGAGGACAGCAGCAAGGUGGUUUUAAUGGACCACAAGGAUUCGGAGGACAAUCUGGAUUUGGUGGACAACAGUCUGGAUUCCCAUCCCAGCGCUCAUCCCAGAACGGAUUCGGAGGACAGGGACAACAGUCUGGAUUCGGAGGAAACAGCCAGGGAAGCUUCGGCGGUCAACAAGGAUUCGGAGGAAGCCAGGGAAGCUUCGGUGGACAGCAGCAGUCUGGAUUCGGAGGGCAAUCCUCUGGAUUCGGAGGGCAAUCCUCUGGAUUCGGAGGACAAGGACAGCAGUCUGGAUUCGGAGGGCAAUCCUCUGGAUUCGGAGGACAGGGACAGCAGUCUGGAUUCGGCGGAAACAGCCAGGGAAGCUUUGGAGGGCAGCAACAGGGUGGAUUCGGUGGACAGCAGCAAGGAGGAUUCUAA